CAGUCGCCAUUGCUUGCAAGCACGUCACACAGGCUAUUAUGGGAUGUUAUUAUCACACGGCCUAACCUCCAACGCUACCUGCACAUAACCCUUACUAUUAGCAAUAACAACGAGGCCUGUAGUAUCGUAUGGGUCAAUAAAACUGUUGGCUAGUGUAUGACCAUAAACGUGGGUUAGCUGCAGUAAAAACACAGCAGGGUAGUGUAGCCCCAGCAAAUACUGCAGUCUUUUUCUGUGGAUAGUCAAUAAUGAAGUGUGAUCAUUCUUCAUCGGUUUUUCAGACCGCGUGCUGGUUUUAGUAGUUGCCCGAGGAUUGGGAGUCCUGUGCGUGCAGCGAAUCGUCCGAUAUGGUCAUGUUCCCCCGACGAAAGCUCUAAGGAACACGGUGCCUUGUCAUGGAGCUCAAAGACUUAGGUGAGCAGGUUUACGCUGCAGAAGAACUCCGUGAUCGCAGAAUUCGUAAGGGCAAGCCUGAGUACUUGGUCAAAUGGAAAGGUUGGUCCAACAAGUACAAUACUUGGGAACCUGAAGAAAAUAUCUUGGACCGGAGAUUGGUGGAGAUUUUCAAUCGGAGCAGGGUCAAUAGCGACGCGGGAACCUCACAAAGCAGUAAGACCCCAGCUAAACGUGGAAGAAAAAAGUCAUCCAUUGGCGGCAAUACUUCUGGAAAAUCUGACCUUGAUUCGGAAUUAGCUCCGCGAGCGGCCAAGCAAGCAAGGCGAGACUCUUCAACGGACCACGCCAAACCAUUACCGGGAAAGAGGUAUUCACUGAAACUCCCUACAACUGAAACUGACGAAAACUCCAAUACAAAAGUCAGCAAGGUUGAGAAAUCGCCUGGCUUGUUGGAGUCGAAGCUAAAGGAUAAAAAAGGUUUAAACAAAGGUAAUGUGGAAAAGGCCAAGGUCAGACGGAAGAGCAGUGAAUCAUCGGAAUCUGUACUCCGUAAGACUAGCAAGAAAAGUCCCACGGUGACACUGGUCCGGGAUGGCCUUCUUACCCUACCUGUCACUGCCACUGGAGCUUCACCUAAGAGCGUCAAGUCUAAAUCUCCAGUCAUGGUCUCAUCACCCGUCAAGAAGAAAAAGAAAGUAGGAAAACCUGUAGAAUCACCGAAGAAGGAAUCGCUGACUCUGGACAGAGAGACUCCAGUCCCUAAAGACGAACCAUCCCCAGAACCCGAUCUUGCCGCUCUUCCCCCAAACCUGAAACCAUUCACUGAAGACCAGCCUGAGGUUGUGCUACGCCCUCUGGAGGUAUCUCCACUUAAGAUAAAGAACCACGCGAAAAAACCCAAGCAGUCACCAUGGAAACCGCGCCAUCUUCCCGCCUCUGAGGUAUUGGUUACAGAUGUGACGUCACAGGACGUCACCGUGACCGUAAGGGAAUGCACGUCCAUGAAAGGGUUCUUUAAAAAUUGUACUAGGGACAGUAACGGGGAGAGCGAGAGAGAAGACACGACCCCAUUGAAAGAAAUGAAAGAAGACAAAAUACAGACUUUGAGAGAUGUAACGGAAGCGACGGACGUUGAAUCGAAGAUAGCGCAAGAUGACACAAUGUAAAUUCUACUACAGUGAUCAUUACAAAUGUAUAUCGUUCGCGAUCGCCUGCUCAAUCUAAUUGUGUACGCAAAGGCAAAAAUUAUAUAGGCAUUAAUUUCCUUAAACCAGACAUUUAUGAAAUGAGUCGAUCUUGCAUGCACAAAACUAUGAAUAUGAUAAUUCAUGUCUGCUAAGCAUGUAAGGAUGUCGGUCCUUCACCGACUUGUCUAAAGUAUAAUUUAAGUCAGGUUCGUAAAUCUAAUGUUUUUAUAUAAAACUGAUAAAAAGAAUAACUUACAAGAUGGGACUAUUUGCCUUAGGAUAUUGUAAACAUCGAAAACCAAUAUGUGAAACACAAUAUACAAAUUUGAGAAUGAAGCAAUGUAGAGUUAUUGUGUUUGUGUUGUUACCUUUUUUGGUCAAUUUCUUUAAGCGUCCUUUGCAAUAGCCUGCAGUAAUUUAAUAUUUCUCGCCGUCAUUCAGUAAUUGAAAAUCCCAGUUACAUGUAAUUAAAUAUAAAUUUGAUUGAUUCCGUUCAUGGCGAAUUUCAUAUAUCUGCCAGAAAUUUGCUCCUAUACCUUUAAGAGAAAACAAGCCACUUUAUUUGUGUUAUGAUUGUGUUAUUUUUAGCAAUCUUGACCGUAAAUAUCACAGCCGGUUUUUGUUUACAGGAUUGCACGACCAAUGUCCAAUUUGUAUCCACAGAUUUUAUAUGGAGAGACCUCAUUUAAGCUAUAAAACGUUUAGUCUCUCUACGUUCUAGUAUUAAAUUCAAAGUAAGUACAUGUAAUUUGAUACUCUGUUAGAUAUCAGUGCGAUUUGAAUUGUAUCGAUGUUAUUGAGACUUUUAAUGUUAGUGAGGAUUUGUAAGUGUAUCUUUCCAACACCGUCAGUGUGGACAAAAGCUGAAAUGAGAUCCACGCAGAGGUUUAUGUAGAGAUUAAAAGAAACAAGCAUGGGCCACUAAAUUCAAAAAAAUUAAUAAAUUUUACAAAUUAAUAUUAAAAUAAAAAUGGUAGGCCUAUUUGAAAUGUUAAUUUAAAACUUUCCUCGAAAUCCUAAUUUGUUGGUUGAGUUAAAGUUAUGAGGAAAGGCUAUGAUACUUGAGCUUGUCGUUUCUCUCGAAGUCUGUUGUUGUAAAAUUUAAUUAUAUAAAAGUCGUUAACAAAUUUAAUGUUGGAAUUACAUGUAUUAUGAUGUUAUAGAAAAUACAGCAUCAGCUACUGCAGUUGAAAUGUGGCAAUAUCCGCCAACAUAUUCCAAGAAUUCUUUUGAUCUACCUAAGAAUUGUUGCUAGCUGUUGUAGUCGAUGUGAUAAGUGUAUUGCACGAAUUUACGCUGAACGUCAAGGCCGGUUCAUACUCCACGCGAAAGCAUACCCGAAUUUGUGAGGUCAGAACAAUUAUUGGCGCUUCGAAUUCAGAAAAGCUAGACACAUUUCAACUUCAGCAAAAUUUGGCCCGCAAAGUUGUCGUGACGUAAAAUUCAGUUCACGUUCGCUUUCGCAUUCGUCUGAACUAUGAAACGGCUUUUACGUGUUUAAUUCAUUUCUGAUUUUCUCAUUUUGUUUGCGCUUUUGAAGUGGUACUUACAAAUGGGUGGAAGUGUGAAGUAUAAGGAAGGACCAAUUUGGGGUUUGCGUUGCCGAUUGGAUCCGAUCGGUUCUGUGGGGGCACAUUCCAUGUUCGAAUGUUGAUGGUUUAACGCCCAAUUAUUCUGGACAGAUUUUUCAUCGUUUUAUAAGCAAAAGUGAAGUAAUUGCUUGCUUGCAUGUUAGAAACCUGAUGAAGGUCUUGAAGCAUGGAUUAAGGUCUCAAACAUCCAAUAGAAUCAUAUUGGACCCUCUGUGUACCCAAGUGAUUUUGGGAAUGAGGAAAGAAAUUAUUUGAAAUAUGAAGAAAAUAUCAAUUUGAAUAUUGGAUUUUUAACUAUUAUUGUGAUAGUUUGAAGGCUGGCACAGCUAUACUCUUGCUCCAAGUUUUGAAGUAUUUGUGUGUAUGAUACUUUAACAUAUCAUUAACUUUUUACGAUUUUUUAUUUUUAUUUAUUUUUUUGAUAUUUCAAACAAUCUAUUAGCGGAUUAUUUAUUGGGGACGUACGAUUUUAUCCUUGAAUUGUUUGGUGACACCUUAAUCCAGUAUUCUCUAUUUUAUUUAUAUUUUGUGAAGAGUGGUUAGAUUCACUCUUUGAUUUUCGUUUUUUGUUUUGGUGUUUGUUUGUUUGUUUGUUUGUAUGUUUUGGUGAUUGUUUUGAUACCCAAUCAAGUGCUUGCAUAAUCACAAAGAAGUAGCUCCCUUUAUAAAGCAACUAAGCGCUGUGUUUUUCCAGUUUUUAUGAUUAUGUGUUUUAUUCAUUUGGAAUACGUUACUAAUCUACACGUAUAUAUGGAGCAUUUAAUACAAUGUCAACUUAACGAUGACGUUUGUGGAUGCACGGGCUAAACAGGGUUUCAGAACAAAGCGAUUUUCUUUGGGCAAAUUACAUAUGGGCUACUAAGUGCUUAUUCAGUAAAUUCAGUAAGCUUGACAUUUUAAUUAAAACAAUUAAUCUGGUGUCGGUUAAAUCCUGAAAUGUGCAGUUGAAAUGAAUAAUGUUCGAGAAGGCUUCAGCUGUAUCUUAAAUUUCUAUUAAUGAUUGUCCUCAAAAUCAUGACAUGAUUAGUAAGUUGUCAAAUGGACAUGAUUUUGGAGAAAAAUUUACUGUUUUUGACGUUACCAGUAUGGGGGAGAUAACAUCGAUGGAAAAAGUGUGCAGGUAUGGGAUACACAUUCUAUUUGCGUUUGAGAUGGUUGUUGAGUGAAAUGUAAACUUUUAUCAUGCUCAUCAAAGUUAAGCUCUUUUUUGCAUCGAAUUGUAUGUGCAGGAACGAAACGUUUUUGUCCCAAAUUCCCCCCCUCGAUCUGUGGGCUAAUUUUCCUCUCGAUCUGUGAGCCUAGGGUUUAGAAAUGGCCAGUAAUUUUUCAAAAUAGAGUUGCGUAUUAUGUACAAUUUCAAAUGCAGUUCAGUCAUUUGAAGCGUAUACAUUGUGUAACAAUUUCAAAUAGUGUUGUAGGUCAUUUGUUGUACAUGUAUGUCGUUUGAGUUUUGGUAAUUCAAUUUGCGAUUACAACUAUCUAAACAAUCCAGUUUGCUUCAUGAGAAGCAGGAAGAGGUGAUGUAUGUCAAUACAGUGCAUGUACAUGUAUAUUCAGGAAAGUUUUUUGCAGGCAGUGGACCCUAAGUACAUGUAUGUGUAAAUGAAAUUGUAAAUGUGGUGUUAUAAGAUUCCUCCGCAGAGUUCUGACGUGCCUUGACUAGCUGUCACGAGGAUAAAACAUCGCCAAAUCAAGGAUUUAUAGUCGCCAGCUGGCAUUUCUCGGCCUUAACAUCAAUGUUGCUUCGAUUAAGAAAGACAGUCAAUUUGUUAACCAAACGAUUCAGAAAACGGGGGCAAAUAGUGUACUUCUAUUUCCACUUGAACAAAACACGAAUUAAUCAUGAGGCGAAGAGGCUCUGACUGGAUGAUAUUGUGUUAUGGGUUAAAGCAUCUUUGUCUCCCUUCUUAAAGACAUAUUCAAAGGGUUGUUAACCAUGUGCCUAAAUGGUGCAAACUCUAACAAGCAAAUGGGAAGUGUUCAUGUUUGGCCCCCUUGGUUUUGUAAAGCUGAUGACAUGUUUUGAUAAGUCACAGACAAGACACGAGUGGUGUGAUAAGUAUUACUGCGAGGAGGUUGUAAAUGUCACCUUUUGGGUGUACGAGUGUAAAUAAUUGAGGAAUGGCAAUAUGCAAACUGUUAGAAGUCAGACAAAUAUUUCAUAUAUUUUUGAAGUAUAGUAACAUGGAAUGAAAAUGGCCCUGUUGAAAGUAAGUAAUGUAUAGACACAAUGGAAUGAACCUAUAGACACAGCGCUAUAAUGUAACCACACAGCCGUUUUCCUAUGUAUAUGCACAUCUCUGUUAAAUGUUACAUUGCUGUUUAUUCAAAAAUAUAAAAAGACCAUUACAGUAGUCGAAUGUGCAACAAAAUUACUUUGUUCAUCAAACUCGUUUGUGAGUUGCAUCUCUGUUACCAAGUCAUACCCUAAUACGUAAGGAUAACGUUACUAAUCGGGAUUAAAAGGGAAAAAGUUUGAAAA